AAGCGCUCAUUACUCAACUCUCCUCUGCUCUUUCUUCUCCAUUAGUCUUUUUUCCCCUUAUUAUUUCUGUCAUUUUCCAGAGAAAAUUUGGGAGAAUUCAGCUCUUCCUGGUUCAGCAUUGGAGAUUAUAAUGGGGGUUUUUCGUGGGGUUCUGGUGGUUUGGAUUGUGGUUUCUGUUUUUCUCCAUGAUUCAAGCAAUGUUGAAGGAAGAACACACUUUCACAAGAAGCACAAUAACGAUAAAGGCUCCCCUGUUGCUGACCCUCCUGCUUAUUCUCCUGAUCCUUCUCCACCCCCUGUUUAUCCUCCUCCUGUUCCUUCAGACCCCAGUCCAAACCCGGAUGAUCCUGGGAAUUCUAACUCAGAACCCUGUGUUUUUGAUGUAACAUCUUUUGGUGCCGUUGGAGAUGGCACCACUGAUGACACUGCUGCAUUCAUGGAGGCGUGGAAAGCGGCCUGCGCUGUGGAAUCAGGCAUUGUUCUGGUUCCUGCAGAUCACGUUUUCAUGAUCACUUCAACAAUCUUCUCCGGCCCCUGCAAGCCAGGAUUAGUAUUUCAGGUGGAUGGAGUCCUAAUGCCACCCAAUGGCCCGGACUGCUGGCCAAAAUCAGACAGCAAGAAGCAAUGGCUCGUCUUCUAUAGACUCGAUCAGAUGACCUUCACAGGAAGCGGAACCAUUGAAGGGAAUGGAGGCGAUUGGUGGGAACUUCCAUGCAAACCCCACAGGGGUCCCAAUGGCUCAACCUUGCCCGGUCCAUGUGACAGCCCUGCUUUAAUUCGGUUCUUCAUGAGCUCCAAUCUUGUGGUCAGUAGCUUGAGAAUUCAAAACAGCCCUCAGUUCCACAUGAAAUUUGAUGGCUGUGAAGGAGUACUAAUAGAAAAACUAUCCAUUUCUUCCCCAAAGCUCAGCCCCAACACUGAUGGGAUCCACAUUGAGAACACUAAGUCUGUAGGAAUAUACAACUCUGAAAUAGGCAACGGGGACGAUUGCAUUUCCAUAGGACGGGGAUGUUCAGAUGUCAACAUAGAAGGGGUCACUUGUGGGCCUAGUCACGGGAUCAGCAUUGGGAGCCUUGGAGUGCAAAACUCCCAGGCCUGUGUCUCCAAUAUAACAGUCCGCAAUGUGUUCAUAAAGGACUCAGAUAAUGGGGUGAGGAUCAAGACAUGGCAAGGGGGGACGGGGUCUGUGAGUGGCAUAUCAUUUGAGAACAUACAGAUGGAGAAUGUGAGGAACUGCAUGAUCAUAGACCAGUACUACUGCUUAUCAAAGGCUUGUCGAAACCAGACCUCUGCCGUCUACUUGACAGACGUUACCUACAGAAACAUAAAGGGCACCUAUGAUGUCCGGAGCCCUCCAAUACACUUUGCCUGCAGUGAUACAGUAGCUUGCACAAAUAUAACAAUGUCUGAAGUCGAACUUCUCCCAGCAGAAGGGGAACUGGUGGAUGACCCAUUCUGUUGGAAUGCUUAUGGAACCCAAGAAACUUUAACCAUUCCCCCCAUUACUUGCUUACAAGAUGGUAUGCCCGAGUCACUGGCAGAGAGCUCCUCCUAUGGCUGCUGAGAGAGUUUCCUUUAUUACUGAAAUAGAAUUACUGGCUAGAGCCCGAGUGCCGUUAUUUGUUCGUGUAUGUUGAUUAGUACUUUGGCUCCAUCCCUUUUGGGGUUUGCUUCCCUGAUUGUGUGAUGAGAUGUGAUAGGAAAGGGUGUAUUUUUUGCCCUACAAUGUACUAGAAUUGAAUUUACAUCUACAGUUCAUAUUUAAAUCGUUGUAGCAGGUUUUGGUAA